AACAGUAAUGGCUUCCAUGUCCAUAUCAACAAUAGCUGAAGAGUUUCUGACAUGUUCUAUCUGCUUUGAAGUCUACACUGAUCCGAAAACACUUCCAUGCCUGCAUUCAUUUUGUAAAGGUUGCAUCAAUACUUUCACGAAGAAAAUACCAAAUAAAAAAGAAUAUUCCUGCCCUGUGUGUAGAGAAGCAUUUAUACUUUCUAAUAAUGAUAUAGAAAAUUUAAAGACAAAUUUCUGUUUGAAAAAUCUUACUGAACUAUUCAGUUCUAGCAUAGAAGUCAAGAAACUAUGUUCGUUCUGUAGCUUAAAAGGUGAAAACAUUGAGGCAUCCUCACAGUGUCUUACCUGUAAAGAUUUGCUUUGCUCUGAAUGUGCAGAGCAUCGACAUAGAUCUACAACACUAACAUUAAACCAUAAAAUUGUUUCCCUGUCAGAAUUGUCCUCUGGAAAAUAUAAUGAGGAAAUUCGUUCCAAACAGCAGAUUCCUUGUUCUGAACAUACUGGCGAGGACCUGAGAUACUUCUGCGAAACAUGUGAUGUUCCAGUUUGUCGGGAUUGUAUCGUUCUCGGCCAUCAGAACCAUAAAUAUGUUGCCCCAUCAGAUGCAAGAAAAAGCAUGGAAGAAAAGAUGAAUACGGAUAUGAGCUCACUGAAAGAAAAUUUAGAAAGAUUUCAGACUGCCAGAGAAAAUGUAGCAUCUGCUUCAGGUAUUUUGGAAGUCAAAAAGCAAGAUCUGAAAGCAGAUUUGGAAAAGCAAAUGAAUACCAUUAUCAAAAACAUGAUGGACUCAAAAAAGUCAGUCGAAAAUGACUUUGAUCAGAUUGUGAAAUCAAAGCAAGACACAUUACAAAAACAAGAGGAAUCAAUUGAAAAGGAAAGAAAACUACUAGAAGAGACAUACUUGUUUUGCAAUAACCUUCUCAAACGUGGAAGUGAUAUUGAAAUUCUUUCUAUGAAAUCAGAAAUAAAAGAUCGCCUCUCAACAUUACAGUCUUUGAAAAGAAUAGAAUGUUGCAAUGUUGAAGACAUUGUAUUACCUGUCGUAGAAACAAGUACUGAUGGACAUAUAUUUAAGUUAGUAGAUCAAAAACCAGGAGAAAGUAAGAAAAGUUCAAAUCAGGAAGUCGUGGAAAAGGAACGAACAAAACAAGAUGCAAAUAAGACCAAAAAUGAAACAAAGCUUACUGAAAGCAACGACAUGACAAAUGAUUUACAUCCCAAAUUACUGCAAACGUUUUCGGAACGACAGUAUAACGAUGUUCAAAAGCCCAAAUACACGGGCGUUACAUGGAUGAAUCGACAUUCGUUAGCGGUUGUCGAUGUGAGAAAUCAAAAGAUUAGAAUUCUCUCAACGCAAAACAAUGAUGACAGCUUUAUACCUGUGAAAGACUGUAUGGUUGUAACGUCUUUCAAGGAUGGAAUAGCGUGUAAAACAAUAGGAGAGAAAUUGCACAUAAUUAACAAAUCCUUUGACAUCAAGCAAACUUUUUCAGGAGUUUUAACAUUACUGACUAACCAUCCAAAUUCAUCACAAGUAAGUUGGAUCUCCGGUUUAAACAGAAUAUGCGUUUUACAAAAUUCCAAGAUUAAAGAAGUCAUCAUUGAUCCAAACAAAGCAGGGAAGCUAAGUAGUCCCAAAUUUGGUCACGUUCUUCUGAAUGGAAUGUUUGUGGUUUCAGAUUGGAACCAGGAUUGCGUAUUUAUCAUCAGGGGCUCUGGGUAUGUAGAGAGAAGAAAGUAUUGCGCUCCAGGUUCCAUCUCCUCGGACCAUAACAACAUUAUUUAUGCAUGUGAUUAUAGAAAGAGUUGUAUUGAGAUAUUCAGGUGGUCUGGCGAAAGUCUAUGGACAGUUAAAAUUGGUUCAAUCAUACAGAACCCCAAAAGCAUUGCCUUGAACAAGGACAACAAAAUAUUGAUCACAAACGGAACAUCUAUCGUGUUGAUUCAACUGGAAUAAACUGCGAAAAAGACUUAGCUUGAUUUAAAUGAAGGCGAAAUUUCAUCAGAACUUUAUUGAUUUUUGUUCAGUAGAGAAGAUAGUGCUGUUAAUAUUCUUUUUAUUAUAUCAUUAUAAAAAUUGUU